CUUCACCUCGAUCUCUCUCCCUCCACGUUGAGCAUAAGCUUACUUUCGCCUUAGCUUAGCUUCUAUAUACCUUUUAAUCCUGGUCGCAAAUGUCUAAUUUUCUAGAUAUUCCGGAUUCGGAUGAUGAGUUGGACCAUGAAGUCUGUUUUGGGGGUUAUAGAGGUGAUAUUGUGGGCAUACGCUACUAUCGCGGGACUGUGAACAACAACGAAAUGGUGUCGCUCACACGUGAACCUCACAAUCCGUACGAUAGAAAUGCUGUUAGGGUGGAUAAUGUUUAUGGAAUUCAAGUGGGGCACAUAAAGAGGGAGCUUGCUCGAGCACUAGCGGAUGUAAUGGAUAACAGACUGGUGCGAUUAGAAGGGUAGGUUUUGGCAAAGUUACCUUUACUUAUAUGUAAUAGCGUCGACAGUGUGUCGCUGGUUUCUUCAAAAUUUGUCACAUUUUUUAACAUGUUAUUUUAUGUUAACUGUUGUUUAACCGCUUGUGGAAUUUACGCCUUUAUGCAUUAAUAUUGAUUUACGUAUCUGCGCAUUUUGAAAUACGAGCGAGUAGGAAGAGAGAAAUAAAGAAUUGCAUUGCAAAACUAGAUGCAAGGCGUACAGAACUGAUAUGAUGUAAUGUGAGAAUUUCUCUGGCCAGUUCCCAGGGGUAUUUAAAGAAGUUUGGUUUUGUAUUGGCACUUGAACAAAUUCCCCAGAAUGCCAGUAGCUACAAUGGCAAGAUUUCCGUAUAACCCCAUACAUUAAUUAUACAUGCAUUCAUUGUUUAAUGAAAACAAAAGACAGAACAAUACUAAGCCUUUGGGAUUUCAGCUAUUCUUUGAGAAAUUUUUUAUUUUUUUUUUGUAAGUCUUUUUUGAAACGUGCUAAAUUUAGCGCUUUUUGCACUAAAAUAAGAACUUUUUGGAACAAAUUUCGGCCCAGUUGUUUGAAGGAUGGCUAAUAUCCUCUGGAAAAGUCUCUGUCCAGUGGAAAACACCAUUGGCGUUGGUUUCCCGAGUACUUGUCUGGUAGCAGGCGCGGAUUUAGAAUAAAUACUGACCGUUUUCCAAAACGAGCGUCGAAGGCGUAAGCUUCUAGGGGGGUCCGAGGCAUGCACCCCGUGAUUUUUUUUUUUUACUCCCUAAAGUCGCUUCUCCUGGGUUUCUGAGUCAUUCAGUCAGGAUAUUGGCUGGAUUUUAACUUGGAAAGUUUUUUUUUCAUGAAAAUUUAUUUAUCUAUGAAAACGCUGACCGAUUUUCGUAAAACGGUGGAAACUGGUGUGGAUCCGCGCCUGGGUAGAUAGAGCCCAUGUUGUUCAAGCUUUGGACAGUGCUAUCCACUGGAUAUUGUAGCUGCGAAAGCAGGGAUAUUUCCAUUGUCGCUUUUCUCCGCCAACUCUUUUCUCAGUAUGUGAAACAAAAGCAACAAUAGGGAAAAAAAGGCAUCAAAGGCAUCUGAAAUGGUCAGUGGUCACUAGGAAAGAUGGCAGUAAUUUUUCAGCUCCAUUAAUUUACAGUGAAUUUAGCUUAUUGAAGCUGCCUACAUUUGUGCUUUAGUAUUUGCUGACCUGUAAUUUAGGUCUAUUUAAUGCUGAAGUCAACUGGCUGCCUGGCUCCGCUAAAAAAGAUAAAGGCGCAUAAGAGCCAAAGGCCCAAACAGCCUGAGCUUAUCCCGGUUUCCUUAGUAUGAAGCAUGCUUAGGAGUAUUGCUCCUUUCCCCCGGCUGGGAUGCUAGUCCAUCGCAGGGUUACCCAAGGCUGUGCUCUAAGGGAAAAUAAAGGGAGCCCAGUGGUCUGAACCUGUAAAAUCUAGGUUGUCAGCAUAUGAUUUGUAUGAAAAAACUAAGAUUUUCUAGUCACCUAAAAGCAAAAGUUGGGCCCCAGGGGCCACCGGUUUCUGCUAGAGCACAGUCCUGGUUACCCCAGUAGUAUAUUGCCGGUACCCAGUUAUACCUAUUUAUUCAUUUAAAUAUAAUCUUUGCCAAGAGGCCUGGAUCACUCACAGAGCAAUUUCCACUACGAGGUCCAGAAAAAAAAAAAGAGAAAAUUAGUAAUACAACUAACAAGAAUGACAAUACUUUAGAAGCAACAAAAAAAGAAACUGAAAUGUAAAAACAGAAUUGUGGAGGACAUCAAUUAAAAAAUCACGAACGCAUACGAUCGAGCAAGCUGUUCAAUGGCCAACUAUUGUGGCACUUGUUACACAAACACUCUUAAAGGUCUGGGGGAUGUCAACAUCAUAAACAGACUUAGUGAGAUACAAGUAGUGAUUGAAAAGAUCUUUUUUUAAGUGCACCACUGAACAGUAAAGUUUUCCCGAUUCUUGGGGCUCUACAGGGAAAACUGUUCUCAAAGGUGACGGUGUUGGCCCUAAUCAUAUUCAACAGCGUACCCUUGGAGGAGACAGUAUAGUGCCCCUGGGUCUAGUGGAAUUCAUGACUGAAAUAAAAGGAUAUGAUAGACUAAAUGUGGCUAAAUGUAAUUUAGGCAAAGUUAACCUCGAAGCAAUGCUGGUCAGCAGUUUCCCCAACUAUACUAGGGGUGGCCGAUGCCUCUAGCAGGGGCACCUUGUGACAUAUAUUCGCAGUUGCUUGCUUGCAGUUCUUCGUAAAGUGUUGUUGCAAUAGCUUGCUGUUUGCGUGCCUUUUUGUGCUUUGGUUUUUUCCCAUCCCUCCCUCCCUCUGGAGUUAUGGGCCAGGUAAGUAUUGGUCGGUAAGUAUUCCACUGAAUUUUUCAGAGUGACGGUGCCUGGUGGGGGCCGCUCGCAGGGUUGCCAUGGAUACCUCCUCCUCAUGCUAGAGCAUCGCCCAGCUCCACCAACUUUGUACGCACCAACGCCCAAGCUCAUCUUUUGGUGAUGAGUUUAACUAAACAUUUUGAUACAUGCACCAAAUCUAAAAAUUUGUGCACCUGGGUGAAACAAGACAAAGUGGAGUAAAAUUCCUUGUCUAAGGAAACAACACGACAGGCGAGGCUUGAAACCACUGCUAUCCCCUAUAGUUACUCCAGGCAGGCAGUACUCUGAUAAUAAUUAUUUUACUUUUAAUAUUUUCAUUGUCUUCAUUAUUGUUGAGCAAGAGUGAGCAGUACAAAUAAAGAUUGCAGUACAAAUAAAGAUUGUUGCUCAUGCAGGCAAUAUAAAGGCAAGUUCUCUUUGUAAAGAAACAUUUUCAAAGAAAUUUGUUCCUGCACCAUGCUGUUAUAGGGUUUGCAGACUCUUGCCUUUAUUCCCUUUAAGGACUUGUAGCCCCCAAAUUUCCUGCAAUAACAGGAGUUGACUAUAGUUUUACAACAUAUAAAUGAUUUUGUGAAAAUACACCAUUUGUAUUUUUAGGGUUGUUCCCUUUGGAAAAAACAACAUCUAUACCAUGCCUUGUGAUAUUACAUUUUGGGGCAGACCAGAAAAUGAACAAGAAGUUCUCCAAAGGAUGCGUCGGCAUGGCUACAUGUUACGAACUUUCAGGGAACCAAUUCCACCAAAGAAUGGAAUGUCAAGUGGUACCUCUGCUACAAUGACGAACAUUGGCAGACCGCCUUCUAUUAAAAUUUCUCAUGAUCAGGUAGGUUUCCAGUGGAGUCAAUGUAUAAAAUAUACUUUAGUGGUGUUGUGUAGCCCAUUUGCUUUAAAAAACUGAUGUCAAACAUAACUGCUAACAUCUGGCAUUAAAACGAUGUUUGACUGGGAGAUCAGAUGAACAUCAGACUUGAAUGGUUAUGUCUGAAAUGAAGAAUUGUGUAAUUGGGAUUUGUUCCAAACUUGGAAGGAUAAGGUUGAAGUCCGGAAUUCACCUUUUUGGGGGCUUAGAUUUGUUGUGGUCCUGUGUUUCUGAACACCAUUUUGCAACACGAAGGUUAGGGUGGUUUAUGAUUAGUUCAAUUAUAAAACUUAUUUGUUGUAUUAGAUGACAAGAGAAUUGGACAAACUGUUUCAGAAGAUAGGAGAGAAUAGUAAAGUGGCUACUAUUGACCCAGCAGAGGUAAUUAAUUUAUUGUCUUUUUAUUUAUUGUCAUAAAGUUACCAUUGAAUUGAUGGGAAAGCUGAAAGAAUGGUGGUGAAGCUAGAUGGCAGUGGAAAAUAUUAACAUUAAUAGUGGUCCAUCCGUAAUUUUUCCCUUGUAUUACAACAUUUUUUAGUAAAACUGUUGUAAGAAUGGAUUUGAAGUUCCUGUGGAUGGCUUCCUAUCUCUGAUAAUGCUAAUGAGAUGCUUGCAAAGUUGUCAGUGUAUAGUAUAAGGAUUAUCCCCACGAGGGAUUUUCUGGGUAGAGAUCCUACACCAGCAACAUUUGAUACCGUAAAAUUCCGAAAAUAAGCCCCGGGGCUUAUAUUUUUCAAAGGCCCUUUUUGAGGGGCUUAUAUUUGGAGGGGCUUAUGUACAGAGGGAAAUUUGCGUUUCAAACUCGAUUGGGCUAGCCUUGUAGUUGGAAGUAAAUUUACCGUUUUUGCUUUGUUUUACUUUGUAUUUGAGGGCUAUUUUCCAAGUACAAGCCCCGGGAGGGGCGAUUUAACAGAGGGUUUUUUGCAUUACCAGUUUGGGGGGCUUAUAUUUGGAGGGGCUUAUACAUGGAGGGGCUUAUUUUCGGAAUUUUUUGGUAAUUCAUUAGCAGGCUGCCCACUCCAGAUACAGAUACUCCUUCGUUCCUCUUGGGUGUCUACUUAUGGAAACUUUUACUGUUGUGUGUUAAUGAAACUUUGUCAAUGAUAAUCUUCUUUUCUGUUUAGGCUAUAAAAACCAAGCUGUUUCCACAUCAGAAAAGAGCUCUUGCUUGGAUGGUUGCUCGUGAAAACUGUAAAGAACUUCCACCCUUCUGGAAGGAAAGAAAGGCUGGUAAAGAGAUUCAGUACUUUAACACAGCCACAAACUUUGCAACAAGCAAUCGACCAAGCUGCUUGCUGGGUGGAAUUCUUGCUGAUGACAUGGGUCUUGGAAAGACUCUGGAAGUUAUUUCUCUCAUUAUCACAAAUUUUUACAAUGGGAAGCCACUAGUUACUUUGGCAGAUAAGAAAGCUGGUACAGCCAAGUCUUUGAAGGUUAGUAUCUUAUCUACAUGUAGGUAUGUAAUUUUUUUGUCCAUUUUUUGCCAGGUCAUUCUCUCAUCCAUCAUUCUAUAUGUGAGUGCUAGUGUCAUUUCCCUAAUACUUAUUCCUUCAAGCUACACUUUACUGCUGUACUGUUUCACUUAUUAGGUUUGCAUCUUUUUCCUUUACAAAUUUAGUUGUUUUUUUUUCUAUAUAUAUAUAUUAUUUUCCAUGGUUAAAAGAAUAAGUAUUUGUAAUUAAUUUUUUUUGUCAAUAAAUAAAUAAAUAAAUAAAUAAAAAAGAAUUGGUUAAGCUACUGUCUUGAGCAGUCAUAUCACAUUUGGGAAAGCAUUAAUUAUUGUACCCUUGGUUACUGUACAUAACAACAUGGGAAAUAUGUUCCUUUUCCAUUUACAGAGACAGAAAUGAUGUAAUCUUUGUAAUGAUCAGGUACUAAUAACGAGUUCCUAAUGAUCACUUAUUCCCUCUUUUUAGCGUAAAACUAAGCGACCUAAAUGUAGAAGCCAGAGAAAGACAAGAAACCACAAAAGAAAGGAUGAUAAUUUUGUGCAAGAUGACGAUGAAAUAGAUGAAGUUAUUUUGGAUGAUGAAGAUGAGGAGGGUGAUAGUGAUGUAGGUGAUGAAGAUGAUGAUGAAUGUCCUGGUGAUGUUUCAUUUAACAUGACUGGAAAAGAAGAUCCUGAUUUCAGUCCUGGUAUAGAUGCUGUCAAGAAGGAAGCUGCAGCUUUACCAACCAGGAGAUCUUCCAGGUUGGUUAUUCCUUUUUCGCUUACCAUAAAUCUUCUAUUUUAUUCCCCCCCUCUAAAAUAACCCCUCUCUCUCUAAUAAGCCUUUUCAGGGGAAGACAGUUAGUAGGCCACCCUCUCUGUUAACCCUCCCCCCCUCCCCUUCCCUGAUUAUUCUCCACUAAUAAAAUUAAUGAUAGACUGUAUUAAUCAAUGACGACUGUAAAACUUUGUGUGAACUGAUCCAGGAUGGCUUAUUGCCAACUGGAAGUUUGGAUUCUGAUCCUUGCAUGCAUGACCUCCAAACUUCUUGUACUUGAGCUUUUCCACUUUGUAUUCUAGUUAUUUAUGGAAAACGGAUACCAUUGUCUUUUCUAAAUUAAAUAAGCCUCCCUUCAGAUGGGCUUGAAAUAAAUAAGUCCCCUUGAGGACUUAAUAUAGGUAAUAGGAUUCACACUUCAGUUCAGUUUUUCAAUUCACACUUUAUAUUAUAGUAUUUACAUUUAUAAGAGAGCUAGUAACCUAAGAAUAAUUUAAAGUGCAACUAACCCCCAAAAAUGUUUUUCGCUAAAUGAAAUCUCCUUAUUUUUCUGAUUACUUUUGCGAAAAAAUUAUCGUGAUUGACAAAAUCCUCGCGUUUCCAUGGCUGUUCAAAGUUAGGUCCCUUGUGUCCCAUUACCGAGGUUCGUGGGAGCUGGGUACGAAUGUUGUUGUGACGUCAUCGAAGGAGGACAUCUGCCGCGAACUCAUGAGUAAAUGACCGAGAAGUGCGAAAGGGAAAAUCAUUUUAACUGAUUUUAAGCGAGCGGGAUACUAAAACGACCAAAAUUCAACGGAAUAUGUCUUUAAGUGAUUCAAGUUCUGAGGGAAGUUUUAAUUCAGAAGAUUCUCAGCCAAAUUUGGCCGAAGUGGAAGAUGAACGAAGUGAUCGCGAGUCGCAAGUUUCAUGCCGAUCAACCCUUGGCUGAUGAAGAAUAGCUAAAAAAGUACGAAGAAGAAGUUGAUGAAACAAAUAAGCUAGAGCAAGAACUACGGGGAAGACUUGAAGAAUCAGUUCAAGUGGAUUCUUGGUGAGUGUCGGCAAAUUUGUAGUAUGAUCGUGUGAAGAUCGAAGUAAAAGCUUAUGUAAAUAAUCGAGUACUUGCUUGUUUGGCGGCGUGAUUGCUGUAAUGUAUGAUGAGAGUUGUUAGCUGUCGCUACAAAAAGUGUUAUUUUUGUAUGAUUCUAGCUACCUUGAUUGUUAUAGGUGUUCCUGUGGAAACUGCAGCCGUGUUAUCCUUCAGAAUUUGAGCGAGUGCUACUGCUGCCGGGAGCUGUAGUUGGUUGCAAAGAAGCCAUGUGUAGCAAAAGUGUUCUUGAAGAUAUUCAACUCGAAACGGCCUUAAGGUGUAUCACACAACAUCCUGGUUUUGGUCCUGUCUGCCUUCAAUAGUGGAGCUUACGUAUGGCUGGCGAACGUGUCAAUACCAAAGCCAAACAGAGAUAUAAACAAACUGGAACCGAAGAAAGGUGAGAUAGUUUUUGUUAUUUUUGUACCGCAUUGGAGUCAAAUACGAUCGAUAUGGUACACACUCGAUUUGAAAACAUACAAAUUCUCCGAAAUUCAAUACUUUUCUUAUUGUCUUUUUUUUUUACAGUUACUUGCGUAGCAUUGCCUACAGGGAGUUUUCCAGGCUUUUCUACAAGCGAAUUCCUUGUCCUGCGUGUGCUUACACGGAAAUAAGAAAACAAUUUCCUGUUGGCAGAGAUGAAACCUACACUGGAUUCGAACUCGACGAAUUCAGAUGAUUAAGUAAACUUUUUAGGCUUUUUCCCUUGUAAAUUAUUCUGUUAUUAAAUUGUUGAUCAUCUGUUUAAUUGUCUGUUUUACUUCAUCUUUUGUUGACGUAAACAGUAGAUUCAUUUUGAACUGUAGCUUUUACCUUUUCCUUUGAUGUACAAUUUUAUACAUUUCAAUAAGCAUGUAAUAAACAAGGACUAGUGAUAAAUCAACAGGUGGGGUGUUCGCCCGGGGUGUACUCAGCAUAAUGGCCUAUAAAGGAAGGCUCUGCCUAAAAGGGGUAUCUUUUUCUGGCUUCAGUAUAUGAAAGGGUAGGGAUUUUACACGUUGAAGUAUAUCAAAGGGAAAUCUGUCAUUUGGGUCUGUGAAAUGGCUAGUAGGGCUCACAAAUGAAUUUUAUGGCUUUAUAAAGUCAAGAAAACGUUCUAUUUGUGUGAUUGAUUCCAAUUUAAAAGACAGUUCAUUUAAAGCGGUCAAAAGAGAUGCAAAGUUCUAAACAAGGUAUGUGAAAGGGGUACCAAAUGUCAAUAGAAUUGAAGAUAUACAAAAGGGGCACCUUUUUCGUGAAAAUGGUAUAUAAAAGGGUAAGGGGUUGGACCUUGGGGUGGAACCUCCCCACAUAAAAAUUUGUUGAGUACCACCCCAGGGGUGUUCGUUGUAAAUAAUAAAAAACUCAUUAUGCAAUGAAAAUUUAUUUUUGCCUGCCAAAAGAGGCCACUGCUAGCACAAAACUUUUUUCCUCUCCAUUAUGAAAAAGGGCAAUCUCCUAUAGCCCCUUGUUACGAGAGAAAGAGAGAUCAGGAGAUGUGUCACUGAUAAGAGAAGGUCAGGUCCCCAAAUCCCCUAGUUCUAGACACAACUACCCUAAAUCCUCUAUUAAGCCCCCCCGGGGGGCUUAUUUUUUUCAAGCACUUUUGAGGGGGGGCUUAAUAGAGAGGGGGAGCUUUUUUAAUUUAGCAAAACGCAUCACCUGAGCAAAAAUACCGUGGUAUGAGACAGAGUAGACUAAUGCGUUGUACAAUUGCAGUCACUGUCAAAAGUAUUUAAUUCUUCAAAAAUGUGCUUUCGGCCUCAUGUUCUUUGGUAAUUUUUAUGAGAAUUGUUACUUGUAUUGAUUUGUUGUACACAACUUACAAACGAAAAUCUCUGGAAAACUCCUCUUAUAUUUACAUUUUUUAUCUCUUACAUUUAAAUGUUUCAUAUAAACAGCCUUGAAAUUUAUGAUACUAUAAUACUAUAAGAAAAUGGUGACAAUUGUCCACAGAGAACUAGAGCGCAAAGUUGAGAAAGUUAAGUAUAUGAAGUUGGAGGUCAUGUGGCCGAAGACCAAAAACAAUAUGAACUUCCAGCCUGAAUAAACCAUAACUGAUCAGUCCACGUUAAUUGUUUUGUGAAGAAUAAGGAUUGGGGGAGCGGGGGGCUUAUUAACUUUCCUCCUCUGAAAAGGGGGGGCUUACUAGAGGAUUUACAGUAUACACACAGCCCACUGACUGGUUGGUUUCAAUUUAUUUCCCACCAAAAUCCUUUGACUUUUCUUUAAUAUUGCUGGUAAGCUUCCUUAAAGAGUUAUUAUUGCCAACCAACCUUCAAGGCUAAGCAUAAUUUGUACGAGAAUUCUGAUUUCUAUUGCAAAAGGAUAGAUAUAGCUGACCAGUUUUGUCUGUAUAUACAUAGACCACAAUUCAAUCACAAUACACACAUGUAUAUACGUAGUAUAACUCAAAACUUGUAUCAGAAUAGUUCCCUACAGAAGCUCAACAGAGACAAUAUUCACUAUGGCUUUUAAACUUCUAGCCUUAUUUCUUAUUCUUUGGACAGUCUUCAAUAUUCUUGUGUCCUUUCAUGGGAUUUUUGCAUGCAGAGCAAUAGCGAGCUUUCUUGGGGCCAUCUCUGGGAGUUUUCUGGGUUUUUUUUCCCUUUUUCUUGUAUUUGAACUCGUGCUUGCAACUGGUUCAUCAGGAACUAGGAAAAAAAGUAAAUUGAAUACAGUACAAUUCAGCACCUCCUCUAAAGGUGAUAGAAAGGGUUGUGAGGAUGAAAAUCUUUACUCCUUUUUCCACAAAAUUCAUUUCUUUCUCCAAUUUUUAUAGAAAAUAAUCUACAUAAUAUAUUAUAAACAGAAAAGAUUACUACAGUCAAAUACACAAAUUAUGCAGUUGUGAAAAGAAAGCCUGAAAAAAUUCAGGCUUACAGGGAUUCCAACCCUGAUCUCUGUGAUACCAGUGUAGUCCCGGUGCAGGUUGAAAUUGAAAUGAACUGCUGCAAGAAUAUGCCUGAAAACAAAAACAGGCAAUAUUUUCAAUAAAGAGGUUAUACAGACUAAACUACAAAAACGUAAUAUCAUUCAAUAAUGAAGGGAUUGGAAUAACACUUUGUGAACAAACGUUCUGGAUGUUUUUUCUUCCAAAUCAGCUAAAAAAUUUUCUAUGUGGCCUCUAAUUCAACAGAAAAACCUUGCCCUGCAUUUUUUUGCCAGUUUUAGCUUAUUUUGCAAGAAAAAAUGUAUGCAAAAAAUGCGUCGACCUUUUUUUGUUAAAAUAGGAAACAAAAGAAACCUAUUAAGUUCUUUGUUUAGCAAAAUCAGCGGAGCGGGAGAUUAUUCUUACCAGCAAUACAUUCCAACAUAAGGGAGCGGUCAUUAACUAUUGGGGGGGGAGGGCUGGUAAAUUUUGGGGGAGGGCUGUGUUUUUUUGGGCGCCCAUUUGGGGUGGGCCAUAAUUUUAUGGGCCCACGUUUUAUAGGGGAGGGUUACAAUUUCUGGGCGCCUUUUAUUAAAACUUUGGGCGAUGUGCACAAAUGGGUUUUGUGCUAUUGACUUUAGCAUGGCAAGAGAAUCUUCAUAGAAUCGUAUACUCAAAGCUUAAUUGCACAGUGAAAAAGCUCACACCCAGAACAAUUUUAUAAACAUCACUUGAUUUAUUGUUAUUUUAAAAAAUCAACAAAUUCUGGUAUGCUAUAAAACUCAAUCAGUCUUAAACAGUAACGGUAUCAAACAUAUUGCCAAUGUCCAGUGAAGAUGUAUAAACGACUACUCAAUGGGCUCAUAGUAAGGAGUGCAUUCCAUUGUGUUCCAGUAGGGGCCAAUGUCUUCUGCACUGCUGCUGUCGAUGCUUCCACUGCAGUAAAGACACUUCCCGAAUCCUCCUCCUGACAUUGUUCAGUUACAUCACUAUCAUCGGCCCCGUCAUCGCUAUUUCUUUCACUGUCUUUGCUGUCAUUGAUGCUACUUAGGUUGUCUUGGUCGCUACUUUCAUCGCCGUCACUUGCAUUAGAGCUACUCUCACUUUCAGAAAACCCUAACAUUGUUCUAAGCUCUGAUUUCGCGCGCUGUCAAAAAAAAAAAAAGUUCGCACUGAUCAAACAUCAAAGCUACCGCCCAUUUCUGCUCUCUUUUCCAAGUUCUUUUACGAUGUCUCCGCACAAAUCCUCCUUCUCACAAAUCUUACCCUCCGACCAAUCAGGCGCAAUCUUCUUGAGGACCUCAGUCGUCCUGGCCACAUGCCUCGCCUUUUUUCCGCUUCACACUCUUUUGGGUAUUUUGUUUCCUUUUUCUUGAUUUUCUUUUCAUUGCAGAAAAGGGGUGCUUAAAUGCUGCUUUGCAGGUUUGUUGGAGCUGACUUAGACUAGUUAUUAAAGUGUGUAAUUCAUUUCUAAAACCCUGCAAUUCGGUUAGCUUUUGCUCAUCAAAGUCAUGUGCAGUUUUAUGUCCUGUUAAAACUCUACCUGAUGAAUGGAUUGUUCUUUCUAAGUGUUCCUUUAGGUUUUUUUGUAAAGUUUCGAUUGAAGUUUCGACCCUCUUUAUGUGUAACAUGUUCUGCGUUAUGGUCGUUGAAUCAUGCGGCUUGAGAAUGUGGUUUUCUCUUAGAAGAAAUCCAGCCUUAGAAGGAUCCUUUACAGAUUUCAGUUGCGCUAAUUGCUCUCUAAUUUUUUUUACCGCCUUCUCAUUGGAACGCUUCAUCAGUCACCACUAUGAAGUGGGUGAUCUCUACAUGGAAUACACCAGAGGAAGUUGCAAAAAAACAAUAGGUAAUUGGCAAAGCUUAGAUUGAACAUAACAGUUACAUUUUUAAAGAGUAUUUUUAAGAAAUAUAUCCAUGAUUUCUGGGAACAAUAGAUCACACAGUACAUUUAUCAAUGCAUCAUAGAAGAUUAGCUGUAUUAUUUCCUCGGUUAUUUGUAGGUCAGUUGUGUGAGUUUUGUAAAGGCUCGAGGCCAGUAACAUCAGAGGUGGCUCGUGUCAGGAGGCCCUUUCCUGAUUACAACCGUGAAGGACUACACUAUUGUUCUCUAGAGGAAACGCCAAGCGAAGGUAGAGAGGUGGAUGAUUAUCAGCCAAGAGUAGUGCUCAGAAAGUUGUUUGCUGAGGGUAAGUUUCUGCUAAGCGAGAAUAGGAAUUAACGUCUUUUUGUACAAUCCACAUUUUUAAUAUCGUGAUACCACCAGGUAUUCAGUUUUUCUUUGUCCCCUGCUCGUGUCAUGUUGAUUAUUUCACCUUAUAAAACAUGUAUUUAUUGUUACACUUUUUGCCUUUGAUGCAUGAUGCAGGUAAAAUGAAUGACGAUGAUGCCAUAGAGAACUUCAGCAGGAAAUAUGUUGUUGAGAAAAGGCUAGUCAAGCAAUAUCUGGACCAUCUUCUGGAACUAGAGAGGAAAAGAAACAAGAGGACAGAAAGCAGAAAGAAAGCGAACCUGGAAGAGAACCGAAAAUCUUUUGCAGAUUACAACUGGGAAGCAAUGUAUCGAGAAGGAACGCUAAAGAAACUGAAAGUUAAGAUCUUAGACCUGUAUGUCAUGGAAAGGAAGCUAAAGCAUUCCAAAGGAGCACUGAAGCAAGAAAAAUAGACCUCAUAACCAUAGACAUUGCUAAGAAGAUAAUUGAAGGUAGCGAAAAAUCUCGAUGACAGCGAUUGUGACGAUGAUGUUGAUGAUGACAUUGAUGAUGGCAAUGAUGAUGGUGUCUUGGACGAAAUCGGAGAGGAUGAUAGCGAUGAUGACAUCAGUGAGGAUUCUGAUGAGGACCAGGAGGAAGACGAAUCGGUCCAGCAGGAAAAUAACUUUGAAAAUCUUUUGCACACCACACGAUAUGGCCGAACUUGCAGGACCUGGAGGGGUCGAGCAAGAGCUGCGGACUUCUCUUGAAUAGAGACAGCUCGCUGAUCCGUUAUUAAAUACGCACAAUUUGUUCACUCUUGAAAUUGACUACAAAACAGGAAUUCAAUGAGUAACAACGGGCUGUUUAAUGUACGGGUUCCCUUUACUUGGUGAACCAUUGGGUUUUGUAAAUAGUGUAUUAAAAUAGUAACACUUUUUUCUUAUUCCAGUGAAAUAAUUGUCUCAAAAUAACGUUCGUAAAAAAAUCAAAAGUUUUUCACAGGGGAGGGUUACAAUUUUUUGGGCUCACAUUUUAAAGGGGGCCAAGAUUUUUGGGCUGUUAACCUGAGAGGGGCUAACAUUUUUGGGCUCUAACCUUUGAAAUAAUACCGACCCUCCCCCCCCCAAUAGUUAAUGACCGCUCCCUAAGAAUAUGCUAUCAUCUGAAUAUGGCUGCCCGGAAAUCUUAGCUUUAAUACUACGUACAGAUUUAAAUAUCCUACCUUAUCGUAAAGACUGGUCCAUCUUCUGCUUUGAUUUAGCCGACGACCUUGUUCCCUUUAAAACUAAGUCCGCGAAAACUCGCCUUGAAAAUGAUGGGCUCCUGAUCGUUGAUCACUAGAUCAAAAGUUCCAUUGUUUUUAAGCGCGCACGCUGUAAAAAUGGUUGGCUCCUAUUUAGCUCUCCUCUGCUGGACAAAGUUCACCCAUUUCCGUCCUCUUUUAAUGCUUUCCUCGCGUGAGUCAUAAAAGACAGGAAUUCUAUGAAGCCCGAUACCUCUUUGGGGAUCGGCUGUUCUGCUACAACCGAAAACAGCACAGGCGUCGGGCAUGAUUCCAGAAGAAGAUUUCAAGAGAAGUCUGUGUUGCUCGCGAAGGUUGAGCUCCUUCGAUGACGUCACAAUAACACUCGGACCCAUUCUCCACAGAGCUCGGUAGUGGCCGCAAGAACCGCCAAAAUUUGAAACUUUGAAAAAUUAUAAAAAAAAUAAGGAAAAACGCUAUGACCAAAAUUUUUUCCUACAAGUAAGCAGGAUGAUAAGAAAGAAGAUUGCGUUCAGCGAAAAAAAAAUUGGGGGGUUAGUUGCACUUUAACUGUAGUCUGCAUAGCAAGCAUUUCUGCGCUGGUACAGUGGAACCUCAAUAUAACGAACCUCUAUAUCACAAAGUCCUCAGUAUAAUGAAUGAUUUUCUUUACCCCAAUAAUAGUAAAAUAUAUAGGAAAGAAUCUCGAUAUAACAAAACGUCAUUAUGGUGAGUACUAUUUGCCAGUCCCUUGGCCCUUCAUUAUAUCAAAGCUCCACUGUUUGAGAGCAUAAAAAAGGAACGAGACUUGUCAUAGAACAUGCAGUUUGUUACACAACAUACCAUUACUGAUUUCAAUAUUAUUAAAAUAAAUUACUGCACAUGCAGGUCCGCCAAGAGAACUGUAAGGUAUGUUGAAGCAGACAUAGAAAGUGGUGAUGAAAACAGUGACAUUGAAGAAGUGAGUAAUGUUUCUGCCAGUGCUGCAACCAAGAUCCAAAUUCCCUCUCCAGUCAAGAAACAAAAGGUUUCAACAAAGCCAAAGUUGACAGAAGCAGAAGAUGCUGAGCAGCCAACUGUAAAGGAAGGUGAUCUUCUAAAAAGUAGCAAAUCUAAGACAGCCAAGAAGAGGGGAAGGAAGCCAGCAAGCAAGAAGAAGAAAGGAAAAAAAGGUUAAUGCAACUGUCUGAAUAACAAUUUGUAGUAAGUUAUCUUAACAUCAUCUACUAGACCUUGUGUAAGUUGAAACUGAUGGUCAAUACAUUAUAAUUAUAUUCAUCUGGUGAAGUGGUAAGUGGAGUUAGGAGUAGUGUAGGAGGUGGUGGAGAAAGGAGUGGAGUUGGGGGUGUUGUCCUGAGUGGAGUUCUGUGAUUUUGUUUCUUCUACGUCCUGCAUCCCAGAUGCAUAAAAUGCACCAAAGAUUAGACUGCGAGCAGUCCGUCUUUUCUCUUAAGAUCUGUCGAGUUCUCAGAUGGGUGCGUUUGGCACUGAAAACAUUUUUACGCCCUUGUUUCUCGUGGCUUGCGGCUUGCAACGUCAUUUGGCAGGGAAACCAAUGGUAGCGUCACCAAAUGUUGGCUGUUUUCUCGGGUAAAGGACACUUCAGCUUUUCAAAGACUCAAUGUAGCAUAGUUGAACCUGUGUGAGUGAACACCUCUCUUAAGCAACUUCCUCCCAUGUGCGAACAUCUAUCCAAAACACUCCUGAGCCUGGGGGUUACGGUUUUAUGAUUUUCCUUUAUUUUUAACCUAACAUUUUGGGUGGUUGCUUACAGGAGGUUCACUGUAUUGCAUUUGCUUUUCUUGCUGAUUAAACAGGCAAGCAUGAACCUGCAUCUGUCACUACUGUGGAUUUAACAGAGGAGGAAACUGGUAAACCACCCUUACCAUUGCUCCCUCAAGAUGCUGAAGUCAAAGACACACCCUCACUUCCCACAGGUAAAAGUGAAAUCACAAAUGUCUUGUUGUUCGUGGUGUCUCCAUCUUAACUUCUUUUAAGAAAACUUUCACAUGGCUGUCUGUCCAUUGGUGCUACAUCAAUAAUGAACUUACUAGUUAAUGCUACAUAGCAAAAUGGUCUUAUGCCUUACACUAAUUUUACUGGCAGUUAAGGUCACAACUUCUGCAGUUGUGAAAAAAGACAAAAAAAACUGGCGUGACGGGCUUCAAACCCUUACCUCUGCCCUCUCUAAGAUAGACAACGGACAAUUUUGAAACUUUCAGUGGACAACUGGAAUGUGAUUUAUGUAGUGAAAAAUACCUCAAAAUGGAAGUGUGAGUUGUAGUUGUAGUCUUGCCCCAGUUUGUAGACCAUGAAGCUGUGAACAUUUGCUUGUGGUGAACGUUUGAUUGCACAAUGAGUUUUGAUAACAAUUCCACUUUUCUGUUACAAUGUUCCAGUUUCAGCUGUUUCAUACAAGUUAAACAGUAUUACUGGUGUCAGGUUACCUCGACUCUCUAUAAGCCAGACAUCUUUAUAAGAUGGACAGUCAGGGCUGGUCCUGAAAGUGUUCAUCUUAGAUAGAGUUGACGGUAUGUGGACGUCAUACAUUUGAAAUGUAGAAUGAAGGAAUAAAUGUAAGGAAGAUCCUCGCAGUUAAAGAGCACUACACGGGUACUGAAGAGAUCAGAAUUAGAAUCCUGGUACGCUAGAUAAAAUUUCAGGCUUUCUUUUCACAACUGCAUAUUAAGUUUGGAACCAGUGGAAUUUCCCUGCAUAACUGUUUCAAGUUUUUUUUCUACAUUCUGCAAUUCAAAUUUAUGAAAUUCAUGUGUUCAUUAUUUCACUAAUAACAUUAUAGUAUGUUACUAUAUAUCUACAUCCACGAGUGACCAAGCAGUGGUUUUGUUUUUUGUCUCUAUAGCUACAACAAAUACUACAUCAAGCCAAAGUUCGUCACUGCCUCAAGUUCCUCCUCCUGUCCCUUCUGCUCCUGAAAAGGCUGCACCCCUUGGACCUAGACCUACAUUGGUGAUCUGCCCUCUCUCUGUACUCAGUAACUGGCAGGUAAAAUUGAAACACCAACCCACAGACAGCUGCCACAGAGUAUGGCCUUCACGAAAGCUUGUAGAGAUAGGCCAGAUACUUUUUCAAGAAUUUUUGGAAGGGGAGAAAAACAAGUGUGCGGACUAGUUUGUCUAGACACUUGUAAAGUUAGGAAAUCUGAAAAAUAGGUUUCUUUACUACAGGGAAAAACGAACGCAAAUUUUGUUGUCAAGUAGAAACAAGUAUUUAAUUUAUUAAUGAAAUCGUUUCUACCUUGUUAAAUUUCAUUGAAAUAUUGUAAAUCAAGGGCGUGGUGAGUCAUUGCAUCCUUUUCAUUUUUAUUGGGAGUAGGCUGUGGUACAUUGUAGGCAGUUUGACUCAGAUGAGAAAUGCCUGACUGAACUAGUAUACACUUAAUGUCAGUUCCGGAGGGAAACAGUUAGUUUUGUUUUCCAGGACUCGAGGAAAACUGGCAGUGUUUUUCCCGCCUUCUGUCAUGCCGCUUUCCACCAUGCCUUGAUCACGUGCUGUAAUGUUUCCUGAGCCCGGUACAUUGCUUAAUAUAUCACGAUCGGGAUACAUUUGAUUUUAGUCAAGGCCAUGUGACCAAGAAUCAGCCAAUGUCUAUCCCUGUUUAGUUGAGUGAAAGUCUAGGAAUAUAACAGUAUAAUUUAAUUCUAAUAAUUUCGUCACAACCAAAAUGUUCACUACUACUGAUUGAAGUCCUUUUCUGAGAAAAAGUACUCACAUUUUUUUUAUUUUGUUUUUGCUCAAGGACCAGUUUGAAGCUCAUGUUCACGAGGACUUGCUUAAUGUGUACACCUACUACGGCUCUGAACGCACCAAAGACACCAAACUCCUUGCUGAGCAGGAUGUUGUUCUUACCACCUAUCAGACAUUAUCUUCUGAAUUUUCUAAGGUGUGACCUUACAUACACAUGCAUUUCUUUCUUGAGAAGAGUAUGCUAGAAUCCGGCUGGGUGCAACAAAAUAUACCAGCCACUGCGGCUAAACACACUGCGGAAUUUCCCUCCCACAUUCUGAGUGGUUGGACCCCAUUUAGCUUCCCGCUUGCUACUCGCCGUGCGCACGGCAGCGAGAGUUUUGCGCGGGAAAAUAUUCAAAGCGACUCGACUGACUGGCCAUUUUGAGGUUGUGCGAAAAAGACUGGGACUGGGUCGGUGUUUUGUCAAAUUGCGCCAUGGGACUGUUUUUGGGACGUCAUCAUCAGUCAUGGCUUCAAGAGAGAGAAUUCUGAAAACGAGCCUGCUUCAUUUAUUGGCUGUUACGAGGUUGCGUAGGAAACUGGAUCGAAAUUUGUCCCCCAAGACAAACAGCCCUAGCAAUUCAACAAGCACAACCAAGCACAAACUCAAAAAUGGUCGUUUCGUUUGAAAGUUUUCUCGUUUUCCUGGUAAAUUUGUCCCGGUGAAAGCGGUCACACACACGGUUCUAUUUUUUCUCGAAGCAAAAGACCUUUUUCUCCGAUAAAAAGCUGAAAAACAAGACGCAGCUUUUCUUUGAGGAUAUUUAAUUUCAGAAGUGAUUUUUCUAUUUUAUUCAGGGAAAAUCACCGCUUGUGAACACGGUGUGGUUGAGGGUUGUUCUUGAUGAAGGUCAUGUCAUCCGCAAUCCCAGCGCCAUGAUGUCCAAAGCCGUACAUGCACUGAAGGCCGACCGCAGAUGGGUUGUAACUGGGACUCCUAUCCAGAACUCCAUGAAGGACUUAUUCUCCAUCAUCAGCUUUUUGAAACUGGAGCCGUUUACCGACAGACAGUGGUGGAGACGAACAAUGGAACGGCCGAUCAGUGAGGGCGAUGAGACUGCACUGGGGUAUAGCCAUUUUCAUUCAUACAACAAUUUUUGGACCUUGAAAUGAUUUAAAAGUCUGUGAUUUGAUUGGUUUGACGGCUAUCGAAUACGCACGCAUAGGCUUUUGGUUGGUUCAGCGAACUUUCUAGAAGUCAGUCAACACUUCGCUUUGGCGUCUUUAUUUCUGUUUUCAGCAAAACUAUUGGAGAGAAUCGAACAGUGCUUAAAAUUCACUGAGGCUUUCUUUGGAGCCAAGCGAGUAACUUCCUGAAUCAUGUACUCGUGUCCCGGCGUUUUCACCGACCAUUUAUUUUUAGCGUUUUUUUAAUUUUUAGCAAGAAUUUGGCGCCAAUUUAGACCAGUCUUCAAAACCUACAGACCUAAAAAUGGUAUUUUUGACCUUAUGGCGUUUAGUUUUCCUUUUUGAUAUAUUUCACUUCGAAUUCACUCAUAGACGGAGCGCACCUUCCUUUUUCGCAGGGAAAAGUACACUAAAAUGUAUCUAAAAAUAAACCUGUCUGUGAAAACGCCGUGAUAUACAUUUAGGCCGAAUAAAUUAUGGCAGAUGUUCGCUCCGGGUUAUGGGCUUCUGGUGCUCUAGAGUUUUGAUUCCAAUGUAAUGCGCUGUAUGCCCUUUACCUUUUGUAAUUUGUACUUUUUACCCUGUUACAGACGUUUACAGUUGCUCAUGAGGAGCAUUGCUAUGCGGCGUACCAAGACUCAACAAGUGGACGGAAAGCCACUGGUGGAGUUACCAGACAGACAGGUGUUUAUACAACCAGUUGAGUUGUCACUUGAAGAGAGAAAGCUGUACGACUCCAUGGCGAAAGAGGGAAGGCUGGUCAUUGGAAAGUAAGUAUUUUGUAACUGAAUGCAGUGGCGGGUCCAGGGGAGGGGCCCGAGGGGCCCGGCUCCCCCCCCUUAUUUUUAGACCAAAAUGGUCUCCCAAAAUUAUUAUUUUGGGGGACCACCCCCCCACCCCUUAUGUAAGGGUCUGCAUGACCGGGACCCCCCUUAUCUCAAGGUCUGGAUCCGGCACUGGAAUGUGUUUCACUCUGCAACCUCAAAACGCUUUUGAAGCCUCUUUUUAAAGCCACUCACUAUAAUUUUCUUCUAGCCUGUUUACAGACCCUCUAUCUUUUCUUGAGAGAUCGCUGAGAGCGCGUUUGAAAGUGACAUUUUAUCCAUGGUUCGUACAAUCUUGAAAAGGUCUUGAAUUUUAGAGGUCGUUUUGAAAAGUCCUUGAAUUCGAUUAAGGUCCGUGAAAAGUACAUGAUUCCUUUAUUAGGUCUUGAAAAGUCCUUGAAAUUAACUCGCUUGUUUACUCCACACAUUUUCUGUGAAAUUACAUUAUUUCGCCGAGGAAAAUUUGGCUCAUCCUCAGUGUAAGAACCUGCUAAACUCACGGGUAACGUAAAAACAUAUUUGUGCAUGAACAAUAUUUUAUUUUCUGUUUCUUUAAACAUUUCAAAUGCUGCUUCUACCUCAGAUGCAAUUGCCAGUCAUACCCAGUGACUGUUGCCACUGUUGCCAUUUUGCCAAGUGUUGUUACGGAAAGUAGUAUGAAAUAAUGUGAUCAACGUAAAUGAGUCCAUUCAGUGGUUUAGCCAAUAAGGUGUUCAAAGUGGGUUAAAGAAUACCGAUUUAUUGAAUAAAUCUUAGUCCUUGAAAACUGUAAUUUGUUUUUCAAAAGUCCUUGAAAUUUGUUUUCCUGAAGUUGUUUGAACCAUGUAAUUAUCAUCUUAUCCCAUCUUCAGGUAUUUCAAGUCUGGUACUAUUCUUAACAAUUAUGCCGAUGUGCUAGCAAUUCUGAUGAGGUUACGUCAACUUUGUUGUCAUCCUAAGCUGUGCGCCGCCGCUGCUGCUUUGUCCGCUACUGAAAGUAAGUUUCGUGAUGUCAUAAGCCCGCUAGAAGGCUCACUAAUUUGAAGUAUCACGCGUUUAUCUUGGUGGCCGCUUGUGCGAGACUGCGACAAAAGUGAGGCUUACUUUUUCUCUCCCUUUUCUUCUCGCCGGCUUUAUCAGAUCACGAGAUUCCUCAAAUAAGCGAGCCUGAUCGCAGUCUGUGAAAUUGCCAGUCCCAAGUAACACCUUCACCCUUACUGUCUGGCAGCUGCAUUCCUAUACCUUAAGGUUCCGAGUGCUGUAACUAAGAUCACUUUUUUUGUGACAGUAUACGGAUCCGAACUGUCUCUAACUCAAACUUGAGGGGAAAACAAUAGUUAUCUAUACAUUAAAGGAUGUUUGGAUUUCGGACACAAUAAAUACUAUAAAAAUGUUAAUGCUUUAGCUGGACUUUUUUUUAGAGAAUUAUUGUUCAUUUGAAGAACUACAUAAAGCACCUGUUACAGUGGUUUCAUCUUAUACCAAGAAAUUUUUUUCUCGUUGUCUUGGUAUCGGAUAGAACACUGCGUUCCGUACUUGAUUUAUCGCGUGAAGGAUUGUGGUUUACGUGCGAAUUCGAGUGACUCUGUAAAAAGCUGCCUGGUUCAAGAAAAAUCUGAUUGAAAGAUCAUCACGAUUGCGAACUCAUAUCAAAAUGUUUUUGCUCCAAACAGACUGUUCCACCCCUGAAGAGCUUCGAAAGAAACUUGUGUCCACGUUGAUUACCCUGUUGAGCUCGGGCGCAGACGAAGAAUGUCCGGUGUGCCUGGAUUCCUUGUGCACUCCAGUCAUUACACACUGCGCGCAUGUGUUCUGUCGGAGAUGUAUUGAGGACGUAAUCAAGACUUCGGAGUUGAAUCCUCGUUGUCCCCUUUGCCGAGGCUGUAUUGGAAUGGAUGUACUAGUGGAAGUACCCCCUGAGACUGAGGAAUGUAUUGAUGAGACCGAUGGCGAAGGAGAGUGGCACUCGAGCUCCAAGGUUUGAUUUCUCACAGGGAUUACCAACACUUAGAGCUAGCCAGCAUGUGGCCCGUUUCACGAAAGUCCCACAGUUACUUUUCGGGUCCGAAAUAAAAUAUUCAAACCAAUUCUAAAGAAUGAAAACGCACAUCCUAGCCAACCAACCAGCCCAUUUUGUUUUGUGAAGUGAUAGUUCCAUCAUGUCAUCUGCAAAACCGUUGAAACCUCUACCUUAAAAAUAAACAACAAUAGCUUUCCGGGCACUGUAAUUAUUAGGACGUUCGAGGAAGGGCCGCUGACCCGUUAAAAACCCAUGCUAUUUAGAAAUAUUGACUGUUUUGGCUGGGUUUGAGUUCGCCUGUCCACAGACGUUAGGGAACUUAAGUACCAGACGUUUUCUAGGGGGCGACGUCAACCGGAAGUCAAAUUUACUUCCGGUCCACGUUUCCCGCCGACAUGGGCAUUUCUAAUAAGUAGUGGAACAGGACAAUUGCACGAUGACGAUAUUUGACUACAACUACCAGAAUUCAUUUCGGUUUUGCUUUGUUAUUUAAAUUUGUCAAUCCCGCUGAGGAUUAAAGAACGAUAGCCUUAAUUUGCACAAGAAAACAACAAACUCAAGGAUUCUGGAAUUCUGGUAGUAGUAAAAUGACGUAAUCGUGCAAUUGUCCUAUUAACCUUUCCUGCAUGCGAGCAAGCUCCUUAUUUGGGAGAUAUUGUGAAAAGUCACGCGCACGCGCGAGCAGCAAACCGAGAGGAGAAGCAAGAGCGAGGGGCGGGAGAAAGAAAGGAGAGCUUGGAACGAUCUUUAAUCUUUUUUCCAACCUGGAAACCGCAAGAAACCGCAAAGCGUUUAAACUGUCGCCGGAAACAAGAAAUGUAUCAGCCGCCUGUCAGCGUCAGUUACGCCGAUUCCUGGAGAACAAAUUAUUACACUAUUGCACAAAGACAAGAGUUUUUCCUCCUUUUCCUCCGCCCCUAGCUGCUCGCUUCGCUCACCAAAAAGCCGGAGAGCUUGCUCGCAGGCUAUCAAGGCGAGCUUGGGUUCAUAAAGGAAAACGCUUUGGUUUUUAUGUGUGCCACUGGAGUGUAAUGCGGGAGAGAGCCAUAGUUGACACCUUGUGUAAUUUUCAUUUCCAGGUUGAUGCGCUGAUGUCUCUGUUAACCAAGCUGAGAACUGAAGAUCCCUCGGUGAAGAGCUUGGUCAUUUCACAGUUCACCUCUAUGCUCAACAUACUAGAGACCCCUCUAAAAGCACAAGGGUUCAACUUCGUCCGUCUCGAUGGUAAAAUGUCUCAGAAGCAGAGAGCGGAAGUGAUUGAGUGGUUUAAUGAGAAGAGCCCAGAUUCCCCUACAGUAAUGUUACUGUCAAUGAAGGCAGGUGGAGUUGGAUUGAACCUAACAGCCGCUUCCAGAGUGUUCCUUCUUGAUCCUGUAUGUAGAUACACAAUUUUUAUCUUUUUUUAUACUUGAGAGGUGGGGGAUAUUCUUUUUUUUUUAGUUUUGACCGUAGUCAAGUAAACUUGAGUUAAGAGGGAGUUUUAGCAACGACGACGUCGACGGCAACGAGAACGUCAAAACAGCAAUAAGUUUAUUAAGUAAAACAACAAGUUUGCACGUGCAUCACUUUUUUUUUUGUACAUUUCUUUGGCGUAACUGCACGACUACGACGUGAAAAUGCCGCCUAAUUUUGCACUUUAUGGAGGAGGUAAACAAGCGACGACGAAAUUUUCUUUCUCUUUUUAAACUUGAGUGCGGUGCCCAAGAUAUCACCUCCAGGGAAAUUAGCCUACACUAGACAUUUUCCGCGAAUUGGAGUAAACGCGACAAAGUUUGAAAAAACGCUAAUUCAUUUUAAAAGUGACGUUUUUACUGCCGUCGCCGUCGUCGAUGCUAAAGCUCUCUAAUUUCUCCACAGUCAGAGCGAGGAAACGGGCCCUAAAUUGUCCUGUUCAGGGUCCGAAAUUGCGUCUUCCUGGUCGCCAAUGCGACUAAAAAUUUAGUCCUGGCGACCAGAAUUUCAUAGCUGGUCGCCAGCUAGCGACUUGUAAAGCUGCUUGUUAUUGUGGACUUAAACGUUCGGAGAAACUGAUUAAGAAUUGAAACCUCUAAGCUAUUUGCCAACAGCUGUCUUACUUUUUGUCCUGCUGAUAUUUUUUAAUUAAAAGUGAAACGAAUUUUCCUGUAAUAAUGCCUCCACAACAGCUACAAUCAAUACGAGUUGAACGUUUCCAAGCCGCCAUGUUAUGUCAGCUGAAAUACGGUAAGUACGUUAUGUACUUUGUGGACUGGUACCGGGCCACAACUGUGCCACAUAACUCGUACCAGCAACAUGGUGGCUAUGUCUCGUGGUAGUUAUCGGAGGAAAAUAGAGUUUUGAUACGAUCAGUGCAGUCAUGAGCAGACAGCUUUCUGUUCCUACGUUCUAGGCCAGAUAGCUUUACAUGUAUAUCUCCAAAAGUAAUUUGUGGAAAAAAAUAAGACUUCACUCGUACACGUACGGUUGCUUUCUGGUAUCGGGAGCGGAAGUAGUGCAAUUUUUGAGCACAAAAACGUCCAUACCAUGCAUUUUUUAUUCGUGUUGAAACUUUUAUUUGAAAAACUGGGAGGGAGAAUUUUUGGCGACCACAAUUUUCCCUCUGGCGACCAAAAAUUUAUCCUUGAUCGCCAGCUGGCGCUCGUAUUAAAAAGUUAAUUUCGGACCCUGCUGUUUUGACAUCGCAGUCAUGAUAAUUAUUAGCAUCGUCAUCAUUAUAAUUGUCACAAGCAGCGUCAUCAUCAACGUCACGUAGACAACAAGAAGACGCAAAAAGUUUUAAACCUCGCCAAGUGCAAACACCAAACCGGAGAGAUGUAUCGGUAUUUCCGCAAAACAAACAAAGAGUGAUCAACGUCAACUUCCUCCAGCAACAUCCAUACAUCAUCAAGAGGAAAGGUUAUGAGAAUCAAUAAGAUGAUCACCAAAGGGAAAAGGCGUUGGUCUUUUAUCAAAUUCUUUCAACUAAUUCUUACAGGAAUCGAUGGAGAUCGGUCUUGUGUGAAUAUUAGGGCUUAAAGGGUUUUAAAAUUUGUUUGUCAUUCUAGGCUUGGAAUCCUGCCGCUGAGGAUCAGUGUUUUGAUAGAUGCCACAGGUUGGGACAAACUAGGGAUGUUAUUAUUACAAAGGUAGGCUUCCUGUGGUACAACUCCAACAAUCGUAUUAUAGUUACAAACAUAACUCUUAUUUAGUCUUCAAUCUCUCUUCCCUUUUAGCAUUUAGAGUAUUAUAUUUUGUUUUCAAAUGCCUUGUUAGUUGUAUAUCGAUGAAUGUAAAUGAUGCUCUAUCCUCGAACCCUUUUACUUUAAUUUGUCCUGGCCUGCAGACUGACAGUAUCUUGAUUUUGCAGCAGGGCGUCCGCCCUCCUUUUUGAACAUUAACAAUCCCUUUUGUCGGUUUUUCACAUCCAAGAAAUCUCUGUUCGUACGAAUUCAUAAUACUUGUAGCCCAUCGUUUUAUCCUAUACUUAAAAUACUUUUGAAACAAGUUGAUGGAGGGAUUCCUUUAGGCGGAGUAAAACAUAAGUUUCUUCUUCCUUGGAGUCUAAACAUGAAUUCAAGAGCCGCAAUUUUCCUGCAAGUUCUCGCACAACAGUGUUGCGUUAAAAGACGAGUAUACGUCUUUUUACCCACUUUUACUUUACUAGUUUGUUGUGAAAGACUCAGUGGAAGAGCGCAUGCUCGAACUGCAGAAGACCAAGAGAGAACUGAUGGCUGGGGCGUUCAAAGCCAAGUCAUCAGCGGAAGAGAGGAGACAGCAAAGGAUUCAAGACGUCAAAACGCUCAUGGAUUUCUAGCUACGCAAAUUCUUCCCAUUUCAGAUGGACGCGGAGAGCAAAUUUUCGAUAGAUAUAAGACAGAAUUAGCAAAGAUAAACCAACGUUUAAUGAACGCGAG